AUAUUCAUAAUUGAUGAUAUCACAUGUUUUAUCAUGUUAAAACCCUAAGUCAAUCCUAACAUGGUGGCCUUUCACAGGAUGCAUUUAAAAAAUCCCAGCAUUCCCUCAUGAACUAUCAUGUCAAUAGGACACUGGCAUGCAUGAAAUAUUGUUUCUGAGUCGUAAGUGUCAAAGAAGGACAUUGAUAUUGUUGGGACAAUGGAAGGCAGUAUGACCACCAGUGCAGUUUCACGAUGCCUGUAUUGUUUGAUUCCUUGCCACUAUGAACACAAGGAGGUGCAUACAGCAUGUGACGUGCUUCUUAUUAUUUACGGCUGUGACAAUAUUCAUCUCUAAAUAUACAAUGAAUCAUACGAAAGCUAACUUUGAUGCCAGAAUUUCUUCAACUAGAUACAGGAGAGGGCGUUUGAGAGGGUAUGUCUAUGAGAGGUUUCCUGGCAAAGACAACUCAAUUUUGUACUAUACACGUCAUCCAAAGUGUGGAUCUACAACCGUGAUGAGUUACAUCGCUACCUUGGCCAGACAGAAUGACUUUUCCGUCAUCCGUAUUGACAAUAAUAAACAAAUUGGGGGGCCAGCCGAUAAGAACUCUUGUUACGUUAAAGCAAAUGAAUGCACAAGUUUUAAACAGUAUCACCAAAUAGAAAAGAAGGUACAUAAGGUACAACGGCCUGCUGUGAUCAUGAGGCAUUAUGGGUAUUUUGAUUUCCGCCAUAUGAAUUUAAAGCAACCAUUGAUGAUUGACAUACUGCGUGAUCCAGUAGAGAGGGCAAUCUCGUAUUAUUAUUAUCGCCAGCAAGUAUUCAGGCAUGAAGAUAUCACCAGUAUGGUUUCUAUAGAUACGUGUAUGAAGGCUACCUCCUAUAAUGUAUACGAUUGUCACUUGGUAAGCUCCGUUGCCUCUACACCUUACGUCACAUGGUUCUCACCCCCACAACUUCUCCCUGACCUCAACAGAGCACUUAACAUUAUUGAUAAGGAGUACGAGUUCAUCGGGGUGCUGGAACAACUUGACAAAUCAUUGAGAAUACUAGAGCAUCUCAUGCCUAGGUAUUUUCAUGGAAUUGAGGAGGUGAUGAAAAAUACAACAAUAUGGCGGAAUUUGGGUGGUCUUAAGAAACAAGCCAAUGUAACUUUAUGCAGAGAGACACUUAGAGCUUUAAACUUGGCCCUGGCUGGAGAUUAUGAAAUAUAUCAUUUUGUUGUCCAGAAAAUGUUCUAUUAUGCGAAACUAUUCAAUGUGAAAUGAAAGAAAACAAUUAACAAAUAAUGAGGGUAUACGAAUGUCUAAAUAAUAUAAUUUUAUAUAAGGUUGUUAUCUCAGUUAAUACAUGUUUAUCUUACUGUCUUCUGUAGAUAAUAUUAUAUUUUAUAUUAGGAUAAAGUUGCAUCUUGUUUUAGAACCAAUUGAACGACCUAUUUGAAUUUUCGAGCAUGCUUCAUGCGAUGAAAAUCUACACUUGAUUAUUAUGUUUUGGACAUUGAGAAUGAAAAAUCAAGUUGUUAUCAACCCAUUGUUUGGGACAUGUUGUAUUUAUUAUACUAUACAUAUAUUAUGUUAGUCUCUCCAACAUAUGGGUCACUAUA